UUGAAUUCUAGUGUAAGGGCUUUUAUUUGUUACGAAAGUGCCAUUGUGAAUCGACGGAUGUCUCGCUUGUUCUCCUUGGUGGUUCACGUGUCCUUCACAUCCUGAGCUCUGACAGCAAAGCAUCAUAUUACAUUCCAACUAACGUUAUGGCAGCUCAGGUCACUGAAUCAGAUCAAAUCAAACAGUUCAAAGAAUUUUUGGGCACCUACAACAAACUGACAGAAAACUGCUUUAUGGAUUGUGUCAAAGAUUUCACUACAAGAGAAGUCAAACCAGAUGAGACCACAUGCUCCGAGAGCUGCUUACAGAAGUACCUAAAGAUGACACAGAGGAUCUCCAUGCGUUUCCAGGAAUAUCACAUCCAGCAAAAUGAAGCAUUGGCUGCAAAAGCUGGUUUAUUAGGACAGCCACGGUAAUAAACUGCGAUUUCAAUGGACUCCGAACCAGUAUGCCGUUCUCUCUGUGUUCCAGUGUUGAGAAUGGAUCUUAAAACCGGACCCUGCACUGCAGAGAGAUGAGGGCGAAAGUCAUCUGAUCUCCAUUAGAUCUUCAGAUGACUGGAAGAGGGGAUUUUCUUUCAUGAAGGACAGAUACUCUACUACUGAUCGAUGCAGAUGAUAUGCUAAUAAAUAAUCAUGAAUUA